CCAACCCUACUACUUUCUCUGCAACAAUUCAAAUCAUCAAUUUCAAACAUCUACUAGCUGCGCUUGACAUGGCCGCCUCCAAUAAUCUUGACUUCCCGUAUUCCCCUCCACCACCAAGUCACUCUUUCCAGCCACCACCUUCACCUCCUCAUGUACGCCCACCACCACCUCAUAUCCGUCCACCUCCACCACCUCUGCCGCCUGCACCAUCACCAAGUAACAACACCACAGUAAUAGUCAUUGUCUUUGUCUCAUUUGGUGGCCUUAUAUUCCUUGCAUUCCUUGCUGCUGCUCUUUGUUUCUUUAUCAAGAAGAAAAAGAAGAAAACUGUUGAAGAAACUGAUAUUGUACAUGUUCAUGAACAUUUGAAGGUGAAAGAGGCCAUAGUAGAAGGACCUCACGGGCCAAAAGCCGUGGUGCUAGAGAUUGUUGAUGACGUGCAUAUCGGUGAAGAAAUUAAGGAGGAGGAGAAGGUUGGCGAAGGUUUGCAUGCUAAGGCUAUAGAGGGGAAUGCUGGUACCGUUGAUCAGCUGGCAGCACCAUCCUCUUCUGGUUCUAAUAAUCAUUCCCGACUUGAACACAAGGCCUAAUGAUUACAGCGUCACUCCGUGAACAUUUGUGGUGUUAUUCAUGGGGUAAAAUUAAGGAUUCGAUGGCCAUAAUUUCAUAAACUCCCUAAGCGAAAACUUUCUGACAAAGUGCAGUUAACUUUGUUUAAUUUGGUUUUUAAUUUAUUCACAACAAUAAAACCCUGAAACUUGACUGUGUAUUACAGGAAGUUAUCUCAUGCUUGGUGUUUUGUGUUGCCCUGUCCCUGUACUUGACAUAUUUGAAACAAUGUUUUAAAACAUUUUCUCUUACAUUUCAAUUUGU